AUGGGAGUUGAUCCUGAAGAAGCCCAGAAGCCUUGCUCUAGGGUCCAGACCCUGUUUAAGAGGGUCAAGACCUUACUGGCUGAAGUGCCACCCCCGCCCCCACCCCCACCCCCGCCCCCUGCCUGGAACCCAGGCUGUGCACACGUGUAUGGGUACGUGUUUGGGCAUGUGCUUGAAAACAACCUGGAACAUCUCCCAUCACAACAGGUGCUGGAUACAGGGGAGCAACUGAUGGUCCCCGUGGAGGUCCUGGAAGUGGAUGGCGAGGGGGCCUUGUGGAAGUUCCUGCUGUCGGGGGCCAUGGCUGGGGCGGUGUCUCGCACAGGCACAGCCCCUCUGGACCGCGCCAAGGUGUAUAUGCAGGUCUACUCCUCCAAGACCAACUUCAUGAACCUGCUGGGCGGGCUGCGGAGCAUGGUCCAGGAGGGCGGCGUCCGCUCCCUGUGGAGGGGCAACGGAAUCAACGUGCUCAAGAUCGCCCCCGAGUACGCCAUCAAGUUCUCCGUGUUUGAGCAGUGCAAGAAUUACUUCUGUGGAGUCCACGGGUCCCCACCCUUUCAGGAACGGCUCCUCGCUGGCUCCCUGGCUGUGGCCAUCUCUCAGACGCUCAUCAACCCCAUGGAGGUGCUGAAGACAAGGCUGACCCUGCGCCGCACGGGUCAGUACAAGGGACUGCUGGACUGCGCCAGGCAGAUCUUGGAGCGGGAGGGCACCCGUGCUCUUUACCGAGGCUACCUGCCCAACAUGCUCGGCAUCAUCCCCUACGCCUGCACUGACCUGGCCGUCUAUGAGAUGCUACGGAACUUAUGGCUGAAGUCAGGCAGGGACAUGGAGGACCCCAGUGGCUUGGUCAGUCUGUCAUCUGUAACGCUGUCCACAACCUGCGGCCAGAUGGCCAGUUACCCACUGACUUUGGUGCGCACCCGGAUGCAGGCGCAAGACACCGUGGAAGGCUCAAACCCCACCAUGCGUGGCGUCUUUCAGAGGAUCUUGGCCCAGCAGGGCUGGCCGGGACUGUACCGAGGCAUGACCCCCACAUUGCUGAAGGUGUUGCCGGCGGGUGGCAUCAGCUAUGUGGUAUACGAGGCCAUGAAGAAAACCCUGAGUGUAUAG